AUGGCGGAUGCCGAGGAAGGCUUCGGGCUCCCAGCGACGCCAGUAGAAUCCGAGACGAAGGAGCUGGCCAGCGAGGGCAAGCCGGACAGUCAACUGGGGGCCAGCAGCAAGCAGCCCGCCUCGCCCCAGGCCGCCUUUGCCCAACAGGGCAUGGAGGGAAUCAAAGUGUUUUUGCACGAACGGGAAUUGUGGCUGAAAUUUCACGACGUGGGGACGGAAAUGAUCAUCACGAAAGCUGGAAGGCGUAUGUUUCCCAGCUACAAAGUGAAAGUCACAGGGCUCAACCCCAAAACCAAGUACAUUCUGCUGAUGGACAUUGUGCCCUCUGAUGACCACAGAUACAAAUUUGCAGAUAAUAAAUGGUCAGUAACUGGGAAAGCUGAACCAGCCAUGCCUGGAAGAUUAUAUGUCCAUCCGGACUCACCAGCAACCGGUGCCCACUGGAUGAGACAGCUGGUUUCCUUCCAAAAACUCAAGCUGACCAACAAUCAUCUUGACCCAUUUGGACAUAUCAUCCUCAACUCUAUGCACAAAUACCAGCCGCGGCUCCAUAUCGUCAAGGCGGACGAGAACAACGGCUUCGGCUCCAAAAACACGGCCUUCUGCACUCACGUCUUUCCGGAGACGGCUUUUAUCGCCGUGACCUCUUACCAGAAUCACAAGAUCACCCAGCUCAAGAUUGAAAACAACCCAUUUGCAAAAGGAUUCAGAGGCAGCGAUGACAUGGAGCUGCACAGAAUGUCAAGAAUGCAAAGCAAAGAGUAUCCAGUGGUUCCCAGGAGCACGGUCAGGCAGAAAGUGGCCUCCAACCACAGCCCUUUCAGUGGUGAGACCCGAGCUCUGUCUGCCUCUUCGAACAUCAGCUCUCAGUUCCAGUGUGAGAACGGUGUCUCCAGCACCUCCCAGGACCUGCUACCACCUGCCAACCCAUACCCCGUAUCCCAGGACCAUAGCCAGAUUUACCACUGCACCAAGAGAAAAGAUGAAGAAUGUUCUACCACAGAGCAUCCCUACAAGAAGCCUUACAUGGAAACGUCCCCUGCUGAAGACGAUUCUUUCUACCGUUCCAGCUACUCCCAGCAGCAGGGACUCAAUGCCAGCUCAUACAGGACUGAGUCAGCCCAGCGCCAAGCCUGUAUGUACGCCAGCUCUGCCCCACCCACAGAGGCCGUGCCCAGCCUGGAAGACAUCAGCUGCAACACAUGGCCUGCUGUGCCCUCCUACAGCAGCUGCACAGUGACUGCCAUGCAGCCGAUGGACAGACUCCCCUACCAGCAUUUCUCGGCCCAUUUUACCUCCGGCCCUUUGAUGCCCCGCCUCACCACUGUCGCUAAUCAUACCUCGCCGCAAAUUGGGGACACACAUGCCAUGUUUCAGCAUCAAACCUCUGUCCCUCACCAGCCUAUCGUUCGGCAGUGUGGACCUCAGGCGAGCAUCCAGUCUACUCCCAGCAGCCUCCAGCCCCCCGAGUUCCUCUAUUCCCACGGGGUGCCCCGGACCCUUUCCCCCCAUCAGUACCAUUCUGUGCACGGAGUGGGCAUGGUGCCAGAGUGGAGUGAGAACAGCUAA